UCACCAGUGUAACGAGAGGCAAACCAUUUCUCACUCAAACUGAGGUAACCUCUCUGAUGCUGCAAAUGUUUUAUCCAAAGGGUGGAUUUACCGCAGAGUCAUAUUCGAAUCAGAGGUUUCAUUGGGCAGUUUUGAAUAGUCCUAUGAGAAGGGAGACCUCUAUCGAGGGUGUUUCUCAGAGAAAAAGGGUCAACCUCUUGGAAAGCCUUUGGGAGCCAUCUGUGUGGUCAUCCAUGGCCUCAUUCUGACGUCCAGAUUGUCCUGGGACCCUCCAGUGGGGUUGGGGCAGUCCCAGAUUUGGACCACCUUCCACUCCCACACCCAACUUCACAGUCUCAGCUGUUUCACUGAAUGUUGCAUCAGGGAUGGUGAUGAAAUCAGUGUCAGCGGAUUUUACCCAUGGAUGCAACAGGCUGAAGGACCAGCCAGGGUCAUUGACACUGUGCACCUUCAACUACCCAGAACCCUGGACUUUCUAGCCACGGUGAAGGGCUGGGUGCUGGAAUAUCUCAGUUGGAUUUCUAGCCCUUGCUUACACUGGUGUCCCCCACCCCCAAAUCACCUGAAUCCCACAGAGCCCAAGAAACUUAGGCCACUAAGGUUGAGGAAUCAGAUGGUUCUUAGCAACAGCUCUUUCCUUCCAACAGCCCUCCUAGCCUCCAGAGUGAGGCCUGAAGUGAGGGAGCAAUAAUACCUUAUACCGAACUGAUGUGGUUUCCCAGUUCACAAAGUGCCUUCAUGUCCAUUGUCUCCCAGUGAAAAUAACACCGUUCUCAACAGAGACUAAGAAGCCCCCUUAUUCUUAGACUGAGGGCAUCAGGUGGGAACCAAACUUCAUUCCAAACUGAGCUUGCCAUCCUAUUGGGAGAUAAAUGAAUGCUUCUGUUUUGAUAUUUACUCAGGCAGGCAGGGGUGAGGAAAUUAGGUUUGAAGGGAGGGAAGAUAUAGCUUAGAGAGGCAAAAAGAUGAGGGAAAGGUUAAGCAGGAAGGAACUUGAGACUAGAUUCAUUUAAAUAUUCGUUACUCCCACCCCACCCCCUUCUACAGCCUCUUUGAUUCCUGGAGAGCAUUACACGUUAAGUCCCAUCCCAGGCCUCCAGUCACGGCAACCACACGACUCAUUUCCCCUGGAACUGAGGCUACUUACCUGGGCUCCCCACGGAGGGAGAUGAUGCAGGGUGGGGAAUCCCACCUGCUGUGAGUCACCUGCUAGUAUAAAGGGCGGGUCUUACAAUGCAGGGAGCUUAAAAAGAGACUCAGAGACAAGGGGAGAAAAUCUACAGAAAGCAGCUCAGAAACUUGGUGAACGACAGAGGGAACCAAACCAGAGACGCACAGAACAAAGAGAAUCAGGCUCAGAGCAAGGGGAAGUGGACAGAGAUUCCACAGGGACUGCAAGGCACAGAGCCAGCCAGAUCUGAGAAGCAGGCAACGAGAUGCUGGGGAGCAGAGCUGUGCUGCUGCUGCUUCUGCCCUGGAUUGCUUGGGGCCGGGCUGCGCCUCAGGGCAGCAGCCCUGCUUGGGUUCGGGGCCAGCAGCUCUCACAGCAGCUCUGCAUGCUGGCCUGGAGUGCACAUCAACCAAUGGGACAUGUGGAUCUACCAAGAGAAGAAGAUGAUGAGACUACAAAUCAUGUCCCCCAUAUCCAGUGUGAGGAUGGCUGUGAUCCACAAGGACUCAGGGACAACAGUCAGUCCUGCUUGCAAAGGAUCCACCAAGGCUUGGUUUUUUACGAGAAGCUGCUGGGCUCAGAUAUUUUCACAGGGGAGCCUUCGCUACUCCCCGAUGGCCCUGUGGGCCAGCUUCAUGCCUCCCUACUGGGCCUCAGGGAACUCUUGCAGCCCGAGGGUCACCACUGGGAGAUUGAGCAGACUCCAAGCCCCAGUCCCAGCCAGCCGUGGCAGCGCCUCCUUCUCCGCCUCAAGAUCCUUCGCAGCCUCCAGGGCUUUGUGGCUGUAGCUGCCAGGGUCUUUGCCCAUGGAGCAGCAACUCUGAGCCCCUAAGCCAGCAGCUUAAGGAUGGCACCCAGACCUCCAUGGCUCAGCAAUGCUAAGAUGAAUUUAUCAGCCUAGACACCUGUGAGCCAACAAGUUAAUCAGUCCACUAAUUUUAACAGGACUUGCUCUGUUGAAAAACUACCAAAACUGACUUAUGAUGCUGACCUAGAACAGGUUGAAUAUUUAUUACAUGGGAAGGGAAAUUUUGGGAUUAUUUAUCGUCAUGGCAGCAGUUUGGGGAGGAGGAUUAUUUAUUAUAUUUAUACUGAAUUAUGCACUUUUUUCAAUAAAGACUUAUUUAUGUGGAUAUCUAAGUCU